AUGGAGCCAGAAAUUAUCAACAAUAAUCCAUCAUCUGCUGCUGCUGCUACUCAAGCAUCACCAUCUGCCUGCCUUCACACCAACUUUGCAUCACAAACAAAAACUCGUGUUAGGCAACUUCAACUGCAAUUGAAAUCGAUCAAGAAGACUGGUCCAGCAUCUGAUUAUCUUCUUCAAAUAAAAAAAGUGGUGGGUGCACUCGCCACUGUUGGAGCUCCUCUAACUGAUGCAGAAUACACCAAUGUCAUUUUAGAUGGAUUAAAUGAAGAUUAUCAAUUAUUCUUGACAUAUGUCACUGCAAAAGAUCCACCCUAUUCCAUUCCAGACCUUGAAGCUCUCUUGAUGGCUCAAGAAGACAUUGUGGAGAGGUUCAAGAAACCAGAACUCUCAAUGGUACAGGUCAAUUUCACUCAAUCCCAACCUUCUACUCAGACUAAUUUUGAUUUUGGCUAUGCAAGAAACACACCGCCUACACCUAAUAGAGGCACUUAUGGUCGAAGAGGGCGUGGAGGAAGAACAAAUCAUGGAGGUAGAGGUUCUUGGAACUCAAAUCGGCCACAAUGUCAAAUUUGUGGCAAGCUAGGGGCAUAUUGCUAG